UCUCUCUCUCUCUCUCUCUCUCUUCUGAGAUCUGAUAGUGUGGAGCUGAACGGUGAGAGUACCUCCGAAAUUUCUCUUCGGACUCUUACAAAUCUCAGGUACUUCGAGUCCCAAUUUCCUUUUCAUUUUCCACCACUUCCCUUCUCUUUCAUUUUAUAAUUUCUACCAGUUCCUCUUCCUCUCUCUCGCUCUCUCCAGAAUUCUAUUUAUUUCUCUCUGCCUCAGACAGCUAAUUAGAUUAUAUUUGAUAUACUCAUAAAUCAAUUCCUUCAUGAGGUCAUCCAUUGAGUAGAAAUCAGAAUCGUCCAAUCAGUUUCUUAGUCAAUUAUUUUGUAAUUUUCUCGAGAUUUUGAUUUCUUCUAUGGGUUUCCAAGGUUUCUUUGUGAAAACUGCUGAUUGCCUUUAAGUUCGUGAACCCAUUUGAGCAAUUAUGUAAGCAAACCCGAAGGGGCUUAUGGGUAAUUUGCAAACUGAUUUGGUGUUUAUGUUUCAUUCAUAAAAAAGAAAUCUUGGUUAGUUUACGUCUAUGCCCAGUUGAGUGGUAUUAUGGUGAGGGAGCAAAGGAUUGAGUCGUUUUAUGCAAAACUUCGCGAAUCUGUGGCGGCUUCUUCGUACUCUCCUCUGCUCAUAUUCCCAUCCACCUCUGACGUGGAUUCACUCUGUGCCCUCAAGAUCAUUUUCCAUGUCCUCGAAUCUGAUUCCAUUCGAUACGCAUGUUAUCCUGUCUCAUCGUUUCAGGAAAUUCACAAAUACGUUGGGCAGAGUUUGUCUUCUUCUAAAGAGCCCGUUUCAAUUCUUUUAAUAAAUUGGGGGUGCCAUCGGGAUUUAAGGAAAAUCCUGAAUUUAGGCCCAGAAGCUCAUGUAUUUGUGGUUGAUAGUCACCGACCUAUUCACUUGCACAAUUUGAGUGAUCAGAACGAUAGGGUGGUUGUGCUUUAUACGCGGGACGAUGAGCACCAGACUGAUUUGGCGUAUGAUUUUGAUGUUUCGGCUCUGGCAAGUGCGAGUGAUUUGAAUAGCGAUGAUGAGCCUGAUGUGGAAUCAGAGAGUGAAGAUGAGAACGAUAGUGAAAGCGAGGAAGAGGAGGAUGAGGGUGGGUCAAGGAAGCGGAGGAAGGUUUCGGAAGAAAAUAAGGAAGACCCACUUCAUGUGUUCCGUAAACUGAAGAGGGAGUAUUAUCACAUGGGUACUUUCCAUGGAAAGCCGUCUGGGUGUUUGAUGUAUGAUUUGUCACAUUCUUUGAGGAAGAAUACGAAUGAGUUGCUUUGGUUGGCUUGUGUUUCAUUAACUGAUCAAUUUGUUCAUGAGAGGUUAACUGAUGAGAGGUACCAAGCUGGGGUUAUGGAGCUUGAACAGCAUAUCAACAGCUCUGGGAAUUUGGAAGCAGUAACUUCGGUGACUCUCAAAGAUGGGACAAAAAUUCAAGCACCCAAUGCGUCUAGAAUUGCAUAUGAAGAUGAACCGAGACUAAUGCUAUUACAGGAGUGGAAUUUAUUUGAUUCAAUGUUGUGCUCUUCGUAUAUUGCGACUAAAUUGAAAACAUGGAGCGAUAAUGGAAUGAAAAAGCUCAAGCUUCUUCUAGCCCGGAUGGGAUUUGCUCUUGUGGAUUGCCAACAGAAGUUUCAGUACAUGAAUCUCGAAGUAAAACGAAAGAUGAAAGAUGAGUUUGGUAGGUUUUUACCUGAGUACGGGCUUACCGAUUUCUACUACCGGAGUUUCUUGCGGUUACAUAGUUAUCGCUCAAGGGUGUCAGCAGCAGAUGUGGUGUAUGGAGUUACCGCACUGCUUGAAUCCUUUGUGAAAUCAGAUGGCUCUUGUGCUUCCAAGCAGUUUGGCGUAGCUUAUGAUGCUCUAUCCUUGAGCAAUAUUGAUAAGCUGAAAGCUGGAAUGCAACAUGCAAUUAGGAUACAGAGGGCAAUUCUUAGACAAGGAAGCACAUCAAUAACUAAGAGUGGUUGUAUAAGAAGUGGAAGAAAAUUUCGGUGGGUAAAGCUGGAAGAUUCGGUGGAUACAAAACUACUGGGCUAUCCCCAAGCUUUGACUAAAUUUUGUUAUUUUCUGAUGGAUGCUUUGCGAGAGAAGGGAGCAAGGAUGAAACCUUUGCUCUGUGCUUGCUUGUCGCAAGAGCCUAACAAGGUAUUGAUUGUAGGAGUUUGUGGGAAGCCUCGACUUGGGGCAGUUCAAGGAAAUGCAUUUGGAAUUGCAUUUAGAAAUGCAGCUGAGGAGAUCGGAGUGGAAUUUUUCCAUGAGUUGUUUGAAUCUUCAUGGAUUGUCCUGGAUGCAGCUGCAGUUAAUUCCUUUAUGGUCAGGUUGACUGAAAAACUCUGAUGUAGGACUUUAAUCCAUGUAUGUCUAACAAAAACCCUCAGUUUUUUUAAGCAUGCUUCUUUUUUUUUUUCAUCAUUAUAGUAUGUCUGAGAUGAUCAAUAAAUUAUUUGCUAUAAUUGAUCUUGUAUGAGUAAAUGUGAUUGUCCUUUCUGACUCUUGGAAAUUGAGUUCUGUUAUUGUUCUUUUAAACACUGUC